AUGAAGACCGCUGCCAGCGUCAACGAAGGCCCAUUUCGCUGUCCCCAGCGCGGAUGUAGUCGAAGCUACAGGCGCAAAGAACACCUUACUCGGCACUCUGCGAGCCACAGUCAAGCGCCAGCGUGCGAGUGUCCGUUUUGUGAUAAAGUCUUCUCUAGGACUGACAUUUUACGUCAACAUGUUCGGGCCCUUCACAAGGACAAGAAGUUGGAAUCUAGUCGCACGGUUAUAGCGUGUAGCCACUGUCGCUCGAGAAAGACGCGAUGCAAUGGUAGGGCCCCUUGCGAAGCAUGCUCACGCAGAGGUCUCCAAUGCUCCCUGUCGCAUUUGUCCUUGUCACGUCAGGGGAAUCCAAAGAAUGCUGAAACUCUGGGCUAUGUGGAGAUCUAUUUUGAGAAAUUCCAUCCGGUCUGGCCGCUUCUGCAUAGAGCGACUUUCGAACCUAGCCAGGAGCCUCCGAUUCUCUUGCAAUCGGUUGUCAUGAUGGGAAUGUGGAUGACUGGGGACGAGAAGAUGCAGUGUCAUGCAGUCAAACUACAUGACAAGCUUAGCUCCUUAGUCUACGAACAGCGAGACAAGUGGGCAGCCAUAAGCUCAGAGUCCGAAGUCCAAAGCCCCUGGCCCAUGGCAACAUACCAAGCCACCCUUAUUCAGAUCAUUUUCGCCUCCCUCAAAGACGCUCAUAGUCAAGUUGACAUUCAACUCGCCCGAACGAUCUCUACGAGCUGCUCUCGUCUAUUAACGACACUGACUGAAACUUGCCUUCGCAAAAACAUGUUCUUCUACCCAGAGAUCUUAGCCCAGUUCUGCGGCGACUCCGUCCCGGAUGUCUUCAUCUGGGUAGGCAUCGAGGAAGUCAAGCGCUUUGCACUCGCCCUUUACGAAGUGUGCAGGACGUGUCAUAUUCAGCGCGAAAACAGUCCUCGCAAUAGCCCUCGCAGUGCUAACAGGGGAAGAAGCCUUCUCACCCUGGCAGACUUGCAGUUCGCACUGCCUGACAGCGAUGAGCUCUGGCAUGCCACCUCGGAUCUGGCGGCUCGGCUGGCAGAAGAUGGGCCGCUUUAUUAUGACAAUAACGACGCUGCGGCCAAUUGGAUUUCUCAGUCAAGCGAGACUGUUGCAGAGGCACGAUAUGACAUUUGAUUGGUUAUAGUUGCGUCCGCGCAGUCAGGUACUCUCGGGUAGAUCGACUACCUUUAACUUCGUGAUCUCCGCACAGAAGUCGAAAGCCGUGAUGGAUCCAUGUCAGGAGCACGGCUAAGUAUUCUCUUGGCGACGCGAAAUUCCAGGGCUUUAUCGUUUCUCGUGAAGCUGGGAAUAUCACAAGUGUGGUUUGAUCCGCAAUCAUCAUGACGUCAACUAUGGACGAAACUCCUGCUUUCAACGGAAUAGACAUCCGAAGCAAUAGGCGAGCUGCAGUUAAAUUGGGACAACAAUCUUCGUUCUACAAUCGUAUCUCCCAGUUCAAUCUUGACAAUUGCAAAAUUGUAUCGCACAACCAUGUCUUGUCAUCAACACAUUCCCAGAGACCAAGAUGGGAUCCCCGGCUCGCCUCUCAGCACCAAAAGCCGUGUCCUGGAAGGCGGCGCCAGCAUGGUCCAAGAUUUCACGCCU